AAUCUCUCCAAUAAUUUUGUUUUUUUUCUUUAGUAAUUUCUACUUCGGACUUACUUCCUCUUAUUUCUUGUGUUGCAAUUGGAUAUAUAGUUGUUUCAAUAACCAAGAAUCUUGAAAUAAAGGAGGAGGAGUUAGAUGGAGAAAAAAUUGACAGCUCACUCCUCCACUCUUGAGGCAUGCAUGUCUGUAGUCUGAUCAUGACUUUAAAAUUGAAAUAUGGCACAAAAGUCAGUUUUUAUUUAUUACCUUUCAUACUGUAUCUUUGUUAUUAUCAGAAGACUUGUCUAUGCUUUCACUCUGUAGCACAAACCUACAUGUCUUUAGAAGAUAUCCAAGAACCCAAGAGUGCGGUUUCUUUUUUCCUGACUGACUCAGAAUCCACAGACACUUCUCCUUCUACUGAAAGGAAACUACCUCUGGACCACAGAGAAACUGAGAAACAGUGGUUGCUGAGAAGAAGGCGAUCUAUUCUGUUUCCUAAUGGUGUGAAAACCUGUCCGGGUGAAAGUGUGACAGAGGCUGUGGCAAACCAUGUGAAAUAUUUUAAAGUACGAGUAUGUCAGGAAGCUGUUUGGGAAGCCUUCAGGACAUUUUGGGAUCGACUGCCUGGGCAUGAGGAAUAUCAUUACUGGAUGAAUUUGUGUGAGGAUGGAAUCACAACUAUAUUUGACAUGGGCACAAAUUUUAGUCAGUCUGUGGAACAUAGAAGUUUAAUUAUGAAGAAACUGACAUAUACCAAGGAAACUAUAAGCAGCCCUGAAUUAUCAUCUCCGUUUCCUGUUGGUGAUACCUCAACAUCGGGAGGUGCUGUUCUUAGUGCUCCAUAUCCAGAGGUGACUACCUCUGAAGGUACCUCAGAGAGCAGCAAGGAGAGGCCUGACGUGAGUAUUAGCAAUGAAAUUGAGAAUGUGAUAGAAGAAUCCACAAAACCAGCAACUGAGCAGAUUGCAGAAUUCAGUAUACACCUUCUGGGAGAGCAAUACAGGGAAGAACUACAGGAUCCUUCCAACUUCCACCACCAGCACCUUGCGGAAGAGUUUAUUUCAGAGGUUGAAAAUGCAUUUACUGGGUUACCAGGCUAUAAGGACAUUCGUGUACUUGACUUUAGGUCCCCCAAGGAAAAUGGCAGUGGUAUAGAUGUUCAUUAUGCAGUUACCUUCAAUGGUGAGGCCAUCAGCAAUACCACCUGGGACCUGAUUAGCCUUCAUUCCAACAAGGUGGAAAACCAUGGUCUUGUGGAACUGGAUGAUAAACCCACUGCUGUUUAUGCAAUUAGUAACUUCAGAGAUUAUAUUGCUGAGACCCUUCAUCAGAAUUUUUUGUUGGGGAACUCCUCUUUGAAUCCAGAUCCUGACUCCCUUCAGCUUAUCAAUGUGAGAGGAGUUUUACUUCCUGAAACUGAAGACCUAGUUUGGAACACCCAAAGCUCAAGUCUUCUGUCAACCCCACCAUCCAUUCUGGAUAAUACCCUUCAAGCUGAAUGGCCCUCAGCAGAUGAAUCUACCACCAGCAGUAUUUCACCACUUGAUUUCAGCUCUGGUCCUCCCUCAACCACUGGCAGGGAACUCUGGUCAGAGAGCCCUUUGGGUGAUUUAGUGUCUACACCCAAAUUAGCCUUUCCCUCGAAGGUGGGCCUCAGUUCUUCCCCAGAGGUUUUAGACGUUAGCAGCUUGACUCUUCAUUCUGUCACCCCAGCAGUGUUUCAGACUGGCUUGCCUGUGGUUUCUAACGAAAGGACUUCUGGAUCUCACCUCCUAGAAGAUGGAUUAAUCAAAGUUGAAGGGUCAGAAGAUUUUCUUUCUGUUCAGCCAUUGCCUUCAAGUCCAUUCACUCAGCCGGUGCCAAAGGAGACGAUACCAUCUGUGGAAGAUUCUGGAGUGUCUUUGACAUCCUCACCAUAUCUGACUUCCUCUGUUACUUUAGAUCUUGCUAAAGAAGUAGCUAUAUCUUCUGGCUUGGACUCUUUGGCCUCCAAAGUCAAAGGCCAAUUAGAAGUGAGCACUUUGAUGCCAGACACAUCCAUAGAAAAAGGGUUUAUAUUUGAAAGUGGUUUAGGCUCAGGGUCUGGGCAAAAUGUAGAUCAGAUUACUUGGCCAUGGAAUGAGACUUCAUUAGAGAAGAGUUAUGAACCACUGUCUAAAUCAUGGCUUGAAGAUCAGGAGUCACUUUUGCCAACUGAGGUUAUAGAUGAGAAAUUAGUUCUAGAUGACAAAAUAGAUUCUACAGGACAAAGUAUUGACUAUUUAAAAUAUGGGCAUUUUGAUAAAUCCACAAAAUUUGCAGAGGAAGAGCUCAUUGGUGGACCUACUGUGCCCAUUUCUGUAGAGACCACAACUCAAUCUGCAUCUCUAGUUCUCUCCAAACAAAUAUCAGAGGUACCUGACAUUGAUUAUUACCUGGUUACCAAAGCACCUCUCCUACUGACAUCUACAGCAACCUCUGCUUCUACUGAUAAACCAGAUAUACUGUUUCUAAAGGAGGAUGUGGAACAAACUACAGAGUCAUCCAACCAUGAAUGGUUUGAUAACGAGAUUUCAGUAAUUAAGCCAGACAUGCAACAGUUGGGGACUAUAUUGCCAGAAUCAGAUGUAGUUCGGGCAAGAACUUCUUCCCUAGGGAUAUUGUUCAGAGACAUGUUGGCAAGUACACCACAGACUACUGACAAGCUCUGGUUGAAAUCUUCCAUAACACAGUCUACCAAAUUGUCUCCAACCACCAGCUCCACCCUGCUAGAAGAUGAAGUAAUUAUGGGUGUUCAGGAUAUUUCAUUAGAACUGGACCGGAUAGGCACAGAUUACUAUCAGCCUGAGCUAAUCCCAGAGGAAAAUGGCAAGGUUGGUAGUUAUGUGGAAAUGUCUACAAAUGUCCACUCCACAGAGAGGGCUAUUGUGGUACAGCCCACAGAAGGAGGUGACUUGACUCAUACCCAGACUGCAGGAGCUUUGUUGGUUUUCUUUAGCCUCCGAGUGACAAACAUGAUGUUUUCGGAAGAUCUGUUUAAUAAAAACUCUUUGGAGUAUAAAGCACUGGAACAAAGAUUUUUGGAACUGCUGGUUCCCUAUCUCCAGUCAAAUCUCACAGGAUUCCAGAAUUUAGAAAUCCUGAACUUUAGAAAUGGCAGUAUUGUUGUAAACAGCCGAAUGAAGUUCAUGAAGUCUGUCCCUCUUAAUGUCAACAAUGCUGUAUACAUGAUCCUGGAAGACUUUUGCACCACUGCCUAUGAGACCAUGAACUUGGCUAUUGAUAAAUUCUCCCUUGAUGUAGAAUCAGGUGAUCAAGCCAACCUUUGCAAGUUUCAGGCAUGCAAUGAAUUUUCUGAGUGUGUAGUCAACCCCUGGAGUGGAGAAGCAGAGUGUAGAUGCUUCCCUGGGUACCUGAGUGUGGAAGAACUACCUUGUCAGAGUCUCUGUGAUCUACAGCCUGACUUCUGCUUGAAUGAUGGAAAAUGUGACAUUAUGCCUGGACAUGGGGCCAUUUGUCGAUGCCGGGUGGGUGAGAAUUGGUGGUACCGAGGUGAGCACUGUGAGGAGUUUGUGUCUGAGCCCUUGGUCAUAGGCAUCACCAUUGCCUCGGUGGUUGGGCUUGUCCUCGUCUCUUCUGCUUUUGUCUUCUUCUUUGUCAGGACUCUUCAUGUUCAUUAUGAUAGGAGAGAAACAGAGAGGCCCAUCAGCAGGCAGCCCGACAGUCUCUCAUCCAUUGAAAAUGCUGUGAAGUACAAUCCUGUGUAUGAAAGCCAUGUGGCUGGACCUGGGCAGUAUGAAGGACCCUAUCCUCAGCACCCCUUCUCUAGUUUUGCAGGUGGAGAGAUUAUUGGUGGUCUAAGCAGGGAAGAAAUCCAGCAAAUGUAUGAGACCAGUGGGCUUUCCAGUGAGGAAAUUCAAGAAAGAAUGAGAAUUUUGGAACUGUAUGCCAGUGAUCCUGAGUUUGUAGCUUUCGUGAGAGAACAUCAAAUGGAAGAGCUUUAAUCAAAACUUCUAUUUUGAAACUGAUCAGAAGCCUAGAGAAGAUGGAGAUCCCUUGCUACCUCUGUCAU